AUGGCGCUGGCCGGGCUGCUCGGGCUGGCCCUGCUCCUGCGGGGCGUGCCGGCCUCGCAGGAGGCGGAGUCCUGCGAGGCUGCGGGCGGGUGCGAAGAGGCGGGGCUCGCGCAGCUCAGGGCCUCCCUCGCGACGAAGGGCGGCGAUUCGGACCAGGAGGAGGGCGGCUGCAAGUCCAACGGCAAGCUGUGCCACAAGGACGACAUGUGCUGCUCGGGGCACUGCCCCGGCCGCGACGCCGCGAACCCCCUCGGUCGAUGCGCCGACGGGGCCAGUCUCGCGCAGACGGAUGAGUCCCAGGGUGGCGCGACCAAGGGCGGCGCCUCCGACGAGGAGGAGGGCGGCUGCAGGUCCAAGGGCAAGGUCUGCGCGAAGGACGGCAGGUGCUGCUCGGGAAGCUGCGUCGGCGUAGGAGAAUCUGAGUACUCGAUGUGGGGGCGCUGCUCCUGA